AGAUCCAAACGGAAUUACGAUUUCUGAACGCAGCCCUAUUCGUACUCGCUCUGUGUUCACCAAGCACCAGAGCUGCUUUUAUCCCUUUUUAAUUCUUAACUUCAAGAAUGACGGGCUUUACUAACAAGCCAAUAUUGAUCGAUGGCCGUGGCCAUUUGUUGGGUCGCUUGGCAGCUAUUGUCUCAAAGACAAUCCUCCAAGGAAACACCGUCAUCAUUGUUCGUUGUGAACAAUUGAACAUCUCUGGAAACUUCUUCCGCAACAAGUUGAAGUUCAUGUCCUUCCUUCGUAAAAGAUGUAAUGUCAAUCCAGCACGUGGACCAUUCCAUCACCGUGCACCAAGCAAGAUCUUCUGGAAGACAGUCAGAGGUAUGAUUCCACACAAAACUGAACGUGGAAAGCAAGCUUUGAGAAGGCUCAAGUGUUACGAAGGAUGUCCACCACCUUAUGACAGCAGAAAACGUGUUGUUGUUCCUGGUGCAAUGAGAGUCAUGUGCUUGAAACCAGGCAGAGAGUACUGUCAUGUUGGACGUCUUUCACAUGAAGUUGGCUGGAAGUACAAGUCAGUUGUACGUACAUUGGAAAACAAGAGAAGAGUCAAGACCAUCAUUGAUAUCCAAAAACGUGACAAACUCAAGGAACUUACCAAAACUGCUGGAGAAAAACUUGUCAAAGUUACUGCACCAUACACAGCUAUCAUCAACAGUUAUGGAUACAACUAAGUGUUUGUAAUAAAUAUAAUAAGACAAAUAAAAUGAAAACACAAUUCGUGAAAAUAUUGUUUUAUUUAA